CUUAUUGUAUAAUCAGACAUUACUAUUCCUGUAAUACAAAAUGUUUAGGUUAAAAAUACCUCGAACGCAAUUUAAUUUCGGUUUUCAAAUCUGCAGAAAUUAUUUAUCCCAUGAAUACAAAAAUACGUUAGUUGACUUUAACGUGCAUGCAUUAGAAAGCAACAAUGUUCGGACGAAAGGCUAUCCGGCGCAAGGUGUCAUAUUGGUUGACAUAGUGAAUGGCAUUGCACAUGAUAAUAGGGACAACGGAUUCAGUGAGUCUUUGUUAAAAUUACGUUCAGCACCUGAUAAAGCAGCACAGUUCGACGCUACAAAUUAUGCAAUAUUCAGGAAUUUCCUUGAUCACGAGAACGUAGAUGAAUUACUACCCAUAAUAAAGAAUCGUCUGCAAAGCGGCAUAUUCAUUGACAACUUCAUAGGUUGCUACAUUUUAAAUCAGCUUUUGCAAGAGAAUAAUUUUAUUGGUGCUACCGAGGUCAGCUUGGAAAUAUUUAAACAGGAUUCCUUAGACAAUAAAUUAGUUACUGGCUUAAUUUUGAAAUCUAUUUUUGAAUUCUUGAAAUUAAAUAUUGACCAAAUUAUUCCACCAGUUGUUAAGGAAAAGAAAUCUGGGAAAAAAUCGGAUGAGAAAAAAAUACGUGUAAAGUUCAUUCGAAACGAAAGUACGAAUCAGCAAGCAGAAGAAAUCGGGAAAGCGCUUUGUAGAAUAUCAGAAUUAUACCCAAACGAACUUACGGAAAACCUAAAAUUAUUAGGUGCUUUAUUGGAUAAUAGAAAUGAUUUAGCAACUUCACUUAUAAAUAACAAGGAAAUCGUCUUCUGCAAACAAACAUUAGAACUCUGCCAGUCAUUGCUAAAGAAUAAGGAAGGUGUUGAUGAUAACUUAACAAAUGGCAUAAAUCUUCGUUUGGAAGAAGCUGUUGAUACCAAAAAUAUAGAUGCUUUGUUGUCGGUAUUUUUAGAAGCUGGUAAAAAAGAUGAAAUCAAACUCAUUGAACAACAAAAAGCGAAAUACGAGAUAUGGAAAGAACAAGAUACUCUAGAAAAGAGCAAACAAAUUAAUAUUACACCGCCUAGUGAACGAAAAGAGAAUAUUGAACAGAUACUAGCUGAUAUAAAUCAAAACAGACAAAAGCUUUGGUAUUUUGAAAACGAAGAAUUAAUCGAUUUAGAGAUAUUUAAGAAGAAUAAAAGUUAUCCCAAAAGAUGGUUUGGAAAGAAAAAGAAGCCAAAGGUAGUUGAUGACAAUUACGUUCCACCAGAAAUAACUAGAAAAAGCUAAUGAACAUAGCUGAUGUUUUUAAUUCACUAUGUGAAUUUGAAAAUAAAUACUUUGUUAAAUAAUUACAAAAAAGAA